GCUCGCUCGCUCGCUCCUCUCUCUCUCUCUCUCUCUCUCUCUCUCUCUCUCUCUCUCUCUGUUGAAAUUUUUAGAGUGGAGUGGAUUGGAUUGGAUUGGAUUGAGAAAGGGUGUUUGGGGGAUUGAAAAAGGAUGGGAAGACAACCAUGUUGUGAUAAGGUGGGACUGAAGAAGGGGCCAUGGACAGCUGAAGAAGAUAAGAAGCUUAUCAAUUUCAUACUCACCAAUGGCCAAUGCUGCUGGAGAGCUGUUCCUAAGCUUGCCGGCCUUCUGAGGUGUGGCAAAAGCUGCAGGCUUAGAUGGACAAACUAUCUAAGGCCUGAUUUGAAGAGGGGUUUACUAUCAGAAUCCGAAGAGAAAAUGGUCAUUGAUCUCCAUGCUCGCCUUGGCAACAGAUGGUCCAAAAUAGCUGCUCAUUUGCCUGGUAGAACUGACAAUGAGAUAAAAAACCAUUGGAACACCCAUAUCAAGAAAAAGCUAAAGAAGAUGGGCAUAGAUCCUCUCACUCAUAAGCCAAUCCCUCCACCUUCAGAUGACCAACAGCAACAACAACAACAACAACCACAACAAACAUCUGCUGUAGUUGCUUUUGAUAAUACAGAUGAAACAAAGGACAGCAAUUCAUCCUCUCAAUCACCCAUUUCUGAUAUAACAGAAGAAGAAAAGAGCAUUCCAAAUGCAUUGAGUACUUCCAUUGAAGCUGGUGCUGAUCUUUUAAGAAAAUCCCCUGGUUUUUGCACUGAUGAGGUACCUUUGAUCCAGCCUCAUGAGAUUUUAGUCCCAUGUGCUACUACAUCUGAUUCAUCUACUUCAUCUGAUUCUUCUUGGAGACCGGACGGAUUUGAUUUUCCCAGCUUGGAGUGGUCGGAUUCCAUGUGUCUGUGGGGUGUUGAUGAACUCAACGGUUGGGAUUUAAUUUGUGAGGAUGGGGACAGGAAACCAGCUGUUGACCCUUUCAGCCAGUAUCUGAGGAUGGGAUUUGAUCAGGAGCUGUGGAAAUUCGAGCUCUUGUGAUUGAAAUCUCAUCUUGGUCUGUUUGUAAUUGGAAUUUACAGUGAAUAAUCAGUAAUAUGAGAAAAUCCCAUCUUGGUUUUUAUUUUAUUUUUUUAAUA